AUAACGUUUGUUGUUCUUGUUGCAUUUUGUCAGGAUACCAUAAAUCAUAAAAUAUGUAGUCAUGUACCUACUCAUGAUUUGAUGAAUUGACUUUGAUUUGUAUUAAAUUAGAAGGUAAUUUGUUAUAAUAAAAAAUGGAUGUUGAUGAACAUUAUACCCGUCGUUAUCCGUACAGUGUGGUUUGGACUCCGAUACCAUUUAUAAGGAAUGUUGUUUGUCCGAUUUGUAGUUGGUUAUUUCCAUUGAUUGGUCAUAUGGGAAUCACUACAUCAACUGGGGUAAUACGAGAUUUUUCUGGAUCAUUUUAUGUUGCUGAAGAUGAUAUGGCCUUUGGAUAUCCUACUAAGUACUGGCAGUUGGAUAUAGGAACUAUAAUUGGUGGUUCUAAAGCAUGGGAUAAAGCUGUUAAUGAAGCAUCCAUUGAAUAUUUCAAUAGAAUGCACAACCUACUAUGUGAUAACUGUCAUUCCCAUGUUGGCAUGGCGUUGUCAUUAAUGAAUUACAGUAAAAGCAAAAAUUGGAAUAUGGUUAAAUUAGCUUUGUACACUUUUAUUUUUGGGAAAUAUGUGAGUUGCAGUGCAUGGCUUAAGACAUGGGGCCCAUUCAUCAUUUUUGUGUUUGUGUGUUUUGGACUUUAUUCAUAUGGAAAAUAUUUCUAAUACAGUUUACUUUGCGAGGUAACUUUUUAUAUUUUUUAAAGAAUUCAUUAAACGAUAAAAUUGUAUUAUAACAAUCUUGUAAGUAAUGUUAUUACAUUUUUUAAUGUAUAUUUUAUAAACAAUAUUUUAUACAGUAUGAUACAAAAUAAUACCUUAAAAUAUAUUUUAUACUUUAUUAAAUGCAAAAUCAAUUAUUUUAAGAAUUUAUCAUUAUUUUAUAUAAUCAAUUGAUAAAAUGUGUAAUCUAUAUAUUUGUAUUUAAUAUUUAUAAUCACUGAAUACUUUUAAAAAGCUAUCUUAUGUGUUAUCCGAAAUUGUAACAUAACAUAUUAGAUCAAUAAUAUCAUCUAUAUUAUAUAAUAUGUUUGUAUAUUUUUUAUUGUUAUUGAAUAUUAUUUAUCAGAUCAAAUGUACCUUGUGUCUUAUUUUUUUUCAUAAAUUUAUUUUGUAUAUUAGCACUUUAAUCAUUUUUAAUUAUAUUGAAAUUAAUGCAUAUAAAGGUCUCUUACAUACUUAUAUAGCCAAUAUGUCAAAAAGUAACUACUUACAAUUACCAUUUUUAUAUUCAGUAAUGGGAUUACACAAAUAUACCUAUAAAACUUAGGGUUAAGUUUACUGGGUUACUGAUUAUAAAUUUAACUUUAAAUUAAAUGUACACACAGUUAUGUAAAUAGCAAAUAUUUAUAUGAAAAUUGCAAAUUAUAGUAACAGAAAAAAUUGAUUUUUAGUACCUAUUAAAUGUACAACAUAAUAAAGACAUUUUUUGUACAUUA